GUCUCUGAUGAUUUGGAAGAUGUUGUAGCUGAAACUUGAUGUACACUACGUUGUCUUAUUAAAUUAAUGUUAACUUAUUCAUACAAAUGCAUAACACGUAUUACAAGCCCCAAAAUGGAACAAACUGCACAUACACCAAAUUAAAAGCUUCAGGUCAGACUAAGGCAGAGUCCUACGGCCCAGCCAUGCCUCAAAAACCCCAAAAGAGCACUCAGACGACACACUACAUUGAGCUGGGAGGUUAUCAGUACUGGCCUGUGCUGGUGCCUCGAGGAAUCAGACUGUACACCUAUGAACAGAUCCCGUUGUUUCUGAGGGAGAACCCCUACAUCACAGAUGGAUACAGAGCCUACCUGCCCUCCAGACUGUGCAUUAAAAGCCUCUUCAUUCUGUCCAAUGAGACGGUGAAUAUCUGGAGCCAUCUGUUGGGCUUCCUCCUCUUCUUCUUUGUCGGGGUGUACAACAUGGCCUCGGUGCUGCCAGCCAUCAGCGCCUCCAAAGAGGACUACGUCAUCUACUCCAUCGGGCUCUUCUGCUUCCAGCUGUGUAUGCUGUGUUCAGUGGGUUAUCACCUGUUCUGUUGCCACCGCUCGGAGAAGACAAGCCGCCGCUGGAUGGCGCUAGACUACGCAGGGGUUUCCAUCGGCAUCCUGGGCUGCUACGUCCCCGGAGUCUUCUACACCUUCUAUUGUAAUAAUUACUGGCGGCAGGUGUACCUAGUGACGGUCCUGGCCAUGAUCCUGGCCAUCUUCUUCGCUCAGAUCCACCCUCAUUACCUCAGCAAGCAGUGGAAGCAGCUGCGCUCGCUCAUCUUCUGCUUGGUGGCCGGGUACGGCCUCAUCCCCACCGUCCACUGGAUCUGCAUCACUGGGGGCUUCUCCUCAGAGCUCGUCCAGGCUUUUGUUCCUCGAGUCCUGGGGAUGUACUUCAUCGCUGCAUUAGCACUCAUUUUCUACGUUUCAAAAGUUCCUGAGCGCUACUUCCCAGGUCAGCUGAACUACCUGGGCUCCAGUCACCAGGUGUGGCACCUGCUGCUGGUGCUGAUGUUUUACUGGUGGCACCAGUCAUCAUCCUUCAUCAUGGCGUACAGACACAGCCAGCCCUGCCCCGACGCGUCCCACCAUGCCUAGGACGCUGCUCUGCACGCUGGGAUCCCUGACACUGUUAAACUGUUGGUGAACAGCUGCAGCUUAUUCCAGCAUGCACAAGUGGAAGGCAGGGAGACACCAUGGACGGGCCUUUAGUCCACCUCAGUGUCCCCACAGAUGGACACAUUCUUACCUGCAAGUGUCUUCAGUCCACCGACCCUGUGGAGGAAACCAUCAGAGGGGCUGCAGACAGGAAUCAGACCUGUGACCUCCAGGAUGUCGAGGGUGUUUUUAAGAUGAGAUGGAAUCUCUGAGUGACUGUAGGUCAACAGUCACAGUGGCUAAAAACUAAUUUUUACCACCUAAAAACAAACAACUGAAUCUCUGAAUUGAAACUACAGAAUCUCCAGAAUUUGCACUGCGUUCAAAUUUACGUAACAUUAAAAGCAGCUUCGAUCAAAACGCAGCCACAUGAAACAUUACCCAGAUCAUCAAGGUUGGCGGGCGUAGUCAAGUAGCAUUUACUUUUUUCUAUGAGACAGUUAAGUGCCUGUAAAUGAAACGUCAUGUAGCUCUUGUUGAAUUAAAUUAACACAAUUCCAUGUUGUGAUAAUGCUUUUAGAAAUAGCUGCCUGUAGGCUCAGUAAGUAAUCAAGUAAAAUCACCUUCAAAGGGAAAAUUACAUGUUCAAUGUCCACGCUCUGCACAGUUCUGCUAAAAGUAUAAGUGGAUGUGAGUUAACACAUCUUUGUUUUAGUGUUGAGGUUUGCUGACGCUCAGCCCACAUCAAGUCGUAUAGAGUUCUUUUAUGUACAAACUCUGAAACAUUAUUAGUGGUUUAAACUGUGCGGUACUUUCUCAUGAGAACAAGCAAAAACUAACCAGUAUCUCUGAAUAUAAUUCAUGUUUAGAUAGAAAAACCAAAGACUGCUGUGGAGCGACACUCGAAAUGUUAUCUUCAUCAGUUCAUACUGCAUUAGGUUGUUAAUAUGUCCUUUAGCGUGUACAGUGUGUGUACAGUGUGUGUACAGUGUUGAUGUUUCUGUCUCUCACUGCAGAGUGAGACAAACUACAGAUUGUUUUAGGAUGGUGACGUGUAUUGACUCUAAACACAGGUACUGCAGCUGUGUCUGUACCUGAUACUCCACAACUGAAUGUGUUUCUCUGUCCUGUGUUGGGCUGCACCGCCUCAGUGUUCAAACUGACAGUUAUAUGAGAGCUGCGCAGGGUGUUUGAGGAGGAAACCCUCAGUGUUCACUACUGGAAUGUUUUUGUAUUAAAUCUGAGCUGAACCCAGCUACAAGAUUAAACUAUUGUCUAUUUGUUCAAAGUAUCUCCCUCAUAUUUUUAUUUCAGUAUUGUCCAAUCCCAACCUGUGAGAGUUGGGGUUUAUUAGAACAGUCAGUUUGGGGGUGUUAUGGACCAGUUCGGCCUCUAGGGGCUGCUAGUGAGACUUUUAGGCCUCUUAACUGUGUCCCAACUUUAAACUAAUGCUAAUGUCUACACUGUUGACAUUUAAGUUGCCUCCAGGUGUCAGAUUUAAAGCUUUAAUGCACCUGCACUACACUGUCUUUGUGUUCUUUCAUUAUUCAAGUUAUUUACUACAUUUUUCUUUUUGUCUGAACACGUUGAAACUUGAGUAGCUGGCUUGGUUUCUUUCAAAAGAAUGGGAAGAAAGCAAUGAGGAAAAAGCAAAAAAAAAAAAAAGUCAAUAAAUUAGUAAAAAAAAAAAAAAAAGAGAGAAUUUAAAACAAACUAGAAAAAAAGAGAAAGGGUUAAAAACAAGGAAAUGACCUGUAAAAAAAAGGAGCUUAAAAAAUUCUAAUAAUUCUGUAACAUAAUUUUAAAUAUAUAUUACAAAUAGUUCUUAACACAGUUUUUUCCCUAGCUUUUUAAAAAUAUUUUUCUAAAUUUAAUUGUUUUUGCAAUUUGUGGAACAUUUCCAACCAAGUUGCUCAUUGCCUUUUCUACCCACGUUUUUUUGUUUGUUUUUUUAAAUUGAACAAAUUAGCUCAGGGUUCAAAGGUUUAACUAUUUGUAAAAGGCAUCUGAAAGCAGCACAACACAAGUGAUAUUCCUCCAGGUUUCAAGGGGUUAAUAUAAAGUAUCACUAUCCACAUUUUCUUUUCUGGCAGUAAGAAAAGGCUUUUCAUUUCAAGAGCUCAAAAACAAGUUGAUUUAUUCUACUGUAUUUCACUGACGACUUAAACUUGGUUUAAAAUUGGGACACAGUUUAGUUUUUCAAGAUUCAAGCACUGAUAAUGGGAAUCUGUAUUCACAUGUAUUGCUGUUCAUAUUGCAGCUAUUCUCUACACGGUGCAGCCCUGGUUUCUACUGUACAUUCAAUCUUUACUACUUUUGCUUUCAUUGUAAAAAUAGUUACGAGUAUUUUAGACUGUUUACGAAAAACUGCUUUUUCUGCCUGACCUGAGUUUGUCUCCAGCGGAGGAUUCUCUCGUCAAACUGUGUUUUGGACUCAAUAAAUCACAGGACUUUGUCUCUGGCUCAUUUUAGGGUGACGUGCAAUGUUAAAGGUCAACUCUUAUUCUCUUAACUCUUAUAUGGCUUCAUUCCAAAAUGCAACACGACCAUGAUGGAUCGAAGUCUCUGUACUGUGAAAUGCUCUGAAUUUAAAUUCUCUCAAACUGUCUUAAUGCUUAGAACAUGAAUGCAUUUUUGUCUGUCAUCAUUUAAUCACAAGUUGUCUCAUUUUGGAAUGAAAGUCAUUAGUUUUGUGUGUAUUUAAUGUUUUUAAGUUUCAGAGCGAGACAUAUUGUUGUUCUGUAUUUAAGUUAUUCUCCGUGACCCUGCUCUGUGCUGUCUGUAACGGUUCCUCUAAAACAUUUUGUCUUAUUUGAAAAGCUCUGAGAGACGUCAGCCGUGUGUCCGACACUCGUUUUGUAGCAGCGGAAAUUUUUGUAUCUUGACUUUUCAUACCUGAGCAAUCAAACUGCUGAACUUCAAUAAAAUUAACCAAGAACUGUU